CCGGGUGCCCGCCGGGUCGGCUCCGUUGCAUGACCGGAGGCUGGUAUGGUUCCACGGCGACGAAGAGAUCGCCAGACUGUUCUUGCAGCAAAUCGACCCGAACUUGCCCAGGAUUGCUCCGAAGCAAGAUCCCGUGCUCGACGGCCGACUGCCACGCCUACAUGUCGCCCCCGGUGCCGGACGCCUACGCGGGAAACUGUGUCGCGCUCUGCAUGGCCUCGCUGAGCAGGUCGGAGCUCGCGGCCGUCAGGGAGGCCAUCGCGGAAGCGAAGCGCGAGCAGCUCCACGACCUCGCCCGGUGGCGCACCAAGUUCGCGGUCAUCCAGCGGGGUCGCCGUGGUUCCCGCGUACGGGCUGGACUUGGGGUUCGGGAGGCCGGUUGGUGGCGGCGGCGCCAAACGACGUAUCACGCUUGGGGGUGGACACGGCUGGAAAAUUUUUCAUCCCCAGGCCAAAAGUUUCACCGGCAGCCCUCCAAGGGGCGAAAAAAAUGCCUCCUGACGGGCUCAACGGCUGGAGAUGCUCUUACCCUUCGCUUCCUGCGCGAACAACGCAGGCGGCCCGCAUGAUGCGCGUAUCCCCCGAUCCACCCCAGGACGAAGAGCAGAACCGAGACGAGCACGAACACCGACAUCUUUGCAGGGCAAUCGAGACAGGGAGGGAACGCCGAGGCAAAGCUGACCGCGGCGGGGUAGUGGAGAGCGCUGUGGUGCUCCAUCGCUGCCAUUGCCAUAGCGAAGAACAUCUCUGCCUUAGGAAGGAGUAGUACGAGAAGCCCCGGGACCAGGAGGCUGCAAUUUAACCUUCGUGCGAGGGGUGUGAAUGUGCGAUACACCGCAACAUGCCUCAUUAGCUGUAACUACGACUCG